CGUCGCCGCCGCCGCCACGCGCGCGCUUCUACACACCCCCGACCGAACACAUACACUUUUCCGGUUCAAAACACGUGUCUAAUUAUCAAUCAAUCAAACAAAUUUUCUUUUAACAAAAGACGUCUUCGUGAUUUCUCUCAGUCAAAAUAUUUGUUUGAAAAUCGUCUGAUUCUUUUAAGAAGUCGUAAAAUUAUUUAAAAGUGCUUUUAAGUUCGUUAUUAUCGCGGGUCUUUUGUUUUUUAUUACUUGUUUAAGUAUUAUGCCCUAAACUGGUCUUCUUAGUGACCAGACAGGAUUGGACGUUAGUGGUGAACAAGUGAAAGUUUAGUGAUCGACUGUUGGAAGAUAAAGAAGUAUCAAGUGCAGUGUAGUGCGGUCGCGAGUACCGUGUGCGGGCUCCGAUGGCCGGCUCGGCCCGGCCGCGCUAGAUCGAUCCCGCCAAAGCGGCGCGGCUCACGUCGGUGGAGGGUGGUGAGCGCGGGGCGCGCGGCGCGGGGGGAUGCCCGUGCGCAAGGGGCUGCUCGCGCCCCAGAACACCUUCCUCGAUACCAUCGCCACUCGCUUCGAUGGCACUCACAGCAACUUCGUGCUGGGCAACGCUCAGGUACCAUGCUACCCGAUCGUGUACUGCUCCGAUGGGUUCUGCGAGCUGACAGGCUGGGCGCGCGCGCACAUUAUGCAGAAGGGGUGCGCGUGCAAGUUCCUCCAUGGCCCAGAUACGAGGGAAGAACACCGCCAUGAGAUCGAUGCAGCACUGGAAUCCAAACAUGAACUUAAACUGGAACUCAUAUUCUACAAGAAAAAUGGAUCUCCCUUUUGGUGUUUGCUCGACAUCGUCCCAAUUAAGAAUGAGAAACGAGAAGUGGUUUUAUUUCUCGCCUCCUUCAAGGACAUCACCAACACUAAGAUGGCCGCCAUGAACACUAAUGAGAACUUCGACAGCGGAGCCGCGGUGCGGCCUUCGGCUGGCGUGGUCACUCUAGCGUUAUCCCCAUUUGUACCCGCAGCGGCACUCUUGGGCGCCCGGUUCCGCGCUGAAUCUAGUUGCCUACUUCCAGACCCGAAUGGCAAUCUUGACCCCGAAGCCCCGUCGCCCGCCAACAUGGGCAGGCGGCGCUCUCGGGCAGUACUAUACCAGCUUUCAGGACAUUAUAAACCGGACAAAAUGAAGACUAAACUAAAACUCAACAAUGUUAGUAAGAAUCUAUUGCACUCAUCGGAUCCUCCGCUUCCUGAAUAUAAAACGUCAGCAUUAAAAAAGUCAAGAUUUAUAAUAUCACACUACGGGGUGUUUAAGACGUUUUGGGAUUGGCUUAUCCUUAUAGCUACGUUCUAUGUCGCUGUAGUGGUUCCUUACAAUGCCAGUUUCGUAGAUGAAGGACACCCCAGGAUUAGUGUAACUAGUGAUGUCGUGGUAGAAGCGCUCUUCAUUAUCGAUAUAGUGCUUAAUUUCCGGACGACAUUCGUAAGUAAGAAGGGAGAAGUAGUCUCCGACUCUAAGGCGAUAGCCCUUAAUUACAUCCGGAGCUGGUUUGUGGUGGAUCUCCUGGCGGCGCUCCCGUUUGACCUACUUUACGCGUCCGACGUGUACAGCGGCGCGGAGUCGACACAUGGAAACGUGCAUUUAGUGAAAUUAACGCGACUGCUUCGACUGGCCCGCCUCCUACAGAAGAUGGAUCGAUACUCGCAGUACUCGGCUUUGAUACUGACAUUGUUAAUGCUCUCUUUUACUUUGGUCGCGCACUGGCUCGCCUGCAUCUGGUUCAUUAUAGCUGACAAAGAAAUCGAACUUCACAAAAACGAAAGUUGGGACUUAGGAUGGAUAAACAAUCUGGCGGAGAGACUGAAAGUGCCGAUACCGAAUAUAUCGCACAGCGAGAGUUAUGUGACGGCUCUGUACUUCACGUGCUCGUCGCUCACCAGCGUCGGCUUCGGCAACGUGUCGGCCAACACGCUCGCCGAGAAGAUAUUCAGCAUAAUAACUAUGUUGAUUGGAGCGCUGAUGCACGCCGUAGUGUUCGGUAAUGUAACAGCCAUUAUACAGAGGAUGUAUUCCCGACGCUCCAUGUACCAAAGCAAGUGGCGUGAUCUAAAAGACUUUCUCAGCAUCAAUCAAGUUCCGAAAGAGUUGAAACAGAGAAUGCAGGACUACUUCCAAACAAUGUGGUCGUUAAACCACGGUAUCGAUAUUCAUGAGACCCUCAAAGAGUUUCCUGAGGAGUUGCGGGGGGAUGUGUCUUUACAUCUACACCGUGAGAUCUUAUCGCUUCCGAUAUUUGAGUCCGCGUCUCAGGGGUGUCUCAAGCUGCUGUCCCUACACAUUAGGAGCAACUUUUGCGCCCCUGGCGAGUACCUCGUGCACAAAGGCGACGCGCUGACGUACAUCUACUACAUAUGCAACGGUUCUAUGGAAGUGAUGCAAAACGAGAUGGUCGUUGCUAUACUGGGCAAAGGAGAUUUGGUGGGAUGCGAUAUGAAUACCCAUUUGCAAGCUUACAACGGUACGGGUUCGUCUCACCCACAAGGCAAUAAUCCCGAUGUUGUGGUAAAAUCUAGCAGCGAUGUUAAGGCUCUUACAUACUGUGACCUAAAAUGCAUACACAUGGGAGGCCUAGCGGAAGCUCUACGUCUAUACCCGGAGUAUCAGCAGGAGUUCAUCCACGACAUCCAGCACGACCUCACAUACAACUUGCGUGAAGGCUACGAAGCUGAGCAGGAGUCCGACGGGAACGGACACCCAUCCCUGACCCUGCCGUCAAUAUCUGAAGAUGACGAAAAUGCUGCCGAAGACACAGCCCUCACACCCAAAAAAUUACCAACCUCCAAUACAAACAGCCCACGACACGCGACGAAAUUCAGGACGGACGGACAACCGCGGCUAUCUCAUAGAGAGUUACGGGAGAGAAUAGAAAGACAGCGCUCGGUGGCGACGCCCAAAAUUACGAGAGCCGAUUCUUUGGAAGGGCUAAAUUUAGAAGUACACAACACACGAUCGUCUGUUGACAGGCUUGACACCCAGGUGUCUAGUCUACACCAUGACGUGGCAGCGCUCAGCAUGGAGGUCCGGAAUGCUAUCCAAGCUCUGCAGGAAAUGACGGCUCCUGCUGGCUGGCACGCGGCACAUUCCAACCCCAACCUGCAGUGGAACGCGCCACCAAACCAGUUGGCGCGAAGCUGCAGCCAUCCUCCUGACGUGUUUUGUUGGGAUCAGUUGAAAAUUUGUAUCCAACAGCAAGAGAGACCGGUUACCCCAGAACGUCCAAAAACGCAUAAGAGUACACAAACUGAGCCAUUCCUACACAGCGUUACGCAGUAUAUCAUGGAACACCCUGCCACCGUGAUGCUACUGCUAGGGAUAGAGCCGAUGACGAACCUCGCGCCCGUUAUGCCCGGGCCUUUGGACUACUACACCGACGCUCGCAGCCGGCGGCCGUCCACGCUAGAACAAAUUGUAGAGUCAGAAACUGGAAGCCAGACACCUUCAAGUACGACCAGCGAGAAGUUCGAGCAGACCCGAAGUCCAAGUGAUAGCGUUAAGGAUUUGGAAGUUCAGAUUGAUAUGAGGAAGGUGAAUGAGAAGGAGGGUCCGUCGGCGAGUCUGCGCCGCAGCCGCUACUCGGCGAGCGAUCUGUGCGAGGCGUCCGAGCGCCUGCUCGCCACGCGCUCCACACACCCCAGCACGCGCAGCCUCAAGUUUAACAUCAACAGUUAAACAUAAUUCCAUUUCGUGUUAAUACAUGCUCAUUAGCCCUUAGACUUCAAGUAAUAAAGCCAUUAGUUUAAUUGUAAAUUCGGUUACUUUAUAUGUAAGUGUAUUUCGUUUGUUUCCUCUGUAGAUACAUCUACUUAUAUUACUUCUCAAUCAACGAAAUCUAUCUUUAUUAUUACGAAUAUUUUCUAGUUAGUAUGUUGUAUUAAACAAUUACAUACUUAAAGAUUGUACAUAUCAUGUUUACGAGAAGUUUUAUUGUUAGCUUAGCCUAUAAAACUAUUUCGUCUAGUCACUGUUAGGCUUAAUGAAAGAGAGAGAGAUUUUGGGAAUUAUUUCUUGGACAGAUUCGACGGUUUAUUUAAAAAUAGAACCAUUUUAAUAAAUACCAUACUGGCUAUUUUGUUCUGUGAACCAUUAGAUAAUUUGUUUAGAAGAUUUUAAUAACUGACUAGGUUAAUUGUAAAUCAUAUUGGACGUUUUAUUCAUCGUAUAUUUCCUUAUUAUAUUUACAGCAUGCUCUAUGUCAGGGCUGUCAUUCUGCUCAUACUCAACAAUAUCUCACUGAUCGUAAUAGAAUAUAAACGCGUUUAUACAAGAAACGCGUAUGUGUAAAUACCCUUGAAAAACUCGAAAAAAAAUUGUAAAGAUUCGAAGACGUCUACGUCACUCACUUUAUUUAUAUUGUCUACGAAACUGUUCUCUAUUUUAUAAAAACUUUUAGAAUAAAGCCAAUAACUCGGUGUGUUUAUAAUAGUAUACUUAUGUAUAAGACAAUACUGAACAUAAUCCGUAUUUGCCAAGUUUCCCCUGAUCUCAAAGUAUAUUUUUAAACCUUUUCAUAGAAUCACAUUAUAGUCUUCCUUUAAAGUUUUUAGUCACAUGAACUGACAAUGUUUCCAACCAGUAAAACCUUGGACUGGAUUGUUCAUUUGACUUCGAUUUAUUUUGACCAAGUCUCCCCUAAACAAAUGUUACGUGCCAAAAGUGUAACUGUCACAAUUUAGAAAUGCCUAUUAUAAAUAGACACUGAAUUUCGAAAGUAUUUACUUUUCUACUGGAAAUAUUAUUUGUAAUUAGAAAUUUUGUCCCCUCUCCAAUGUGACCAAGUUAGAAUAGAAGAGAAUCAUUGAUUAACUUUUUAUCGUAAGUGAUACUUACAAGUAUUUGUCAAAACUAUGAGAUGUUCCAUAGGCACUGUCUUAACGCGUUACUACUGCAUUUUAUCGAGGUUUGAGAAUGGUGUGUCACAUAAUAAUGUCCCUAAAAUGCCCUCCAGCCAAAUGACAUUUCUGCAACGUUGGCGUCAAGACAAAACGGUCAAAUGUGUGGAAAUUACAGUUCAGUUCCAUUAAUCACGUGACAGACCUGUCAUCUCCAUACAUCGUAUAAGGAUUGUCGAAAAGUGUAUUGGCUAGAGGGACAGUACGUAAAACACAUUGACACUCGAUAAGUAAGUUUUGAACGACCCUUUCGACGUUAAAUCAAUGUCAAAGUCUUGUACCUAAUGGGAUGAGAAUUUAACUUUCGUUAUUCCAAGAACUCAUUAUCACAGUUUACCCAAUAUGACGGUUUAUAAACAAGAGGAAAAAUAACGAUGGAAUCUGAUAUUAAGAAGAUUAUAACUAAUUAAUUGAAAUCCAAUAAUGGCCAACGUUAUAUAAAUAUUAUCUAUAAACUGUUUGUAAGCAAUACCUUGUAGUUCUUAUGAUUCUUUGUUUUUGUUUCGAAGAUAUUUCUAUAAGUAUAAAUAGCAAUUAGUCUGAUUAAUGUUUUAUUUUAUGCAUAAUUGAAUAACCUAUCAUCAUAUUGAAUUUGGAACCAGGCAUUUGUUUUUAAACGUUUCAGCAUGAAAGACGCAUCAAAUGUUGUGUUAAGCCAGCUCUUCUAAAAUAUAUACUUAUAAAUGUAUAUUCUUGUAGAGAAAUGAAAUUCAAAUUGUAUCCUUGAUAAUAAUUGUUAUAAGAACGGAAACGCUUACUAGAAUUAAUGUGGUGUACGUUGUAUAGAACCCAUGAAUGUGAUAUGAUGUUAAACACACGUGCAGUGCCUAAAAUCUCAUUUAUUUAUUUAUUUACUUAAUAAUGCUGUAUCUUUUAUUAAAAUCUAAACUAUUUUACUAAAAGUUAUGAUUACGUGUACGUAUUAAAUAUUUUGUACAUAUUGAAACUUAAUCUUGUAGUACAAAGUAAUAGUUACCAUAAACUUUAAUAAAGACAAAUUGAUGUUGGAA